UAUAUAUAUAUAUAUAUAUCCUAAUUCUAAUAAAUAAGUAGAACUCUGCCACGUGUCAAUCUAUAAGACCUACAAAAUAGAGUUUUCCCGCUCAUUUUAUUCAUCUAUAUUUACAUAAAUGCCAUACAAUCCAAAUUCAAUAAUUCCGGAAAAAUCUGCAAACAAAUAUGUUAAUCAAUCUUCAGAUUCGAAAAACACGCAUUAAUUUUGAAAGUUUGUUUAUUUUGAUUGCAAAUUAAAUCCCUAAAAAUCUGCAAUAUUAUUCUUUUCCAAACGUAAUCUUCUUAAUUCUUAUUCUUAUUUAUUCAAACGUAAAUAGCAUUCAUACGGUUAUUUUCUUUUUACCAUUCUGCUCCAGACGAAUUCUGCUCCAUAGUAAUAUUUGCAAACGUAUUCUUCUUCAUUCUUCUUGAUUCUGCAACGCUUCAAAAAUUAUAAUAUCAGGUUAGUGUAUUAAAAUAUCAACAUUACUAAUAUUUCUAACCUCUUAAUUGUCUGAUUUACCAGUUUCUAUCAUUUUUCAUUUUAUUAGUGAUGUUCUUCUUCUUCCUUUUGCUAAUUCUUCUUAAUCAUGUUCUUCUUCUACUUUUUCAGUUUAAAAGACGAAAUUAGUAAUAAAAAUGAGAACUUUAUUUUCUUUAAAAAAAACUGUUCUUCAAAGCUUUAACUAUUACAAUAUGUUUUUUUUGUUUUGCUGUUUCAUUUACUUUGAUUUGCUGUUAAUUUAAAAGGUUGCUAAUUUUCCUUACAAUUCUAUAAUGAUUAAAUUUAUUGCAGAAAAUGGAAUUCAUAUGCGAACCCAACUGAUUGGCAAUAUGUCAUUUUUUUUUUAGUUCAUUCGCAUUUGAGUUGUUUGUCUCACCAAAUACGAAAUGAAUAUUAACCAUAAUCACCUUCGCAUCUUUAACCCCAAUCCAUACAACCUCAUAUGCGAAACCCAAUUUUGAUUUGUAUUACCAAAUGCGAACAUUUUUGCUUUUACAUGUGAACUGCAUUUGACUCCAAUAUGCGAACAUCUUUAACCCCAAUCCGUACAACCUCAAAGCUUUAACUAUUACAAUAUGUUUUUUUGUUUUGCUGUUUCAUUUACUUUGAUUUGCUGUUAAUUUAAAAGGUUGCUAAUUUUCCUUACAAUUCUAUAAUGAUUAAAUUUAUUGCAGAAAAUGGAAAUAGGAAAUAAGGUUUACCUAAAUAACAUUGACCAGAUAGAUGAAAAAUCGCAUAUCAAGGUUCGGGUGCUUAAAAUUUGGAACUUUGUCAGAAAUAAUAAAGUUUGUUCCAUUGAAAUGAUCAUCAUGGAUGAGGAGGGUACACAAUACCAAGCUCGUGUCUUCAAUCAUAAUUUCUCCAGAUUUCGUCAUCUUUUAAAGGAAGAUGAAAGUUAUAUAGUUAUAAAACCCAAUAUGGCUGUUGUUACUAAUGGUUUUAGUUAUACAGGUCUUGGUGAAGCUAAAAGUCAUUUUGAAGUAACGAAAUUGUUCAUAAAUUCUGACAUUUAUGAAAUAAAUGAGUUUAAAAAUAAGUUGAAAUGUCAUGACAAUUUCGGUAUAACUGAAAAAAGCAUAACUACACUUCAAAGCUACUCUUCUUCAUAUACAGAUGACUUUAAGGGUAAUUUUCCAUUAAAAACAAUCUGUGAGAUCACCGAACCAAUUAAGGAAAUGAAGUUUUUAUUAGUUGCUUCCAUUGUUAAUAUAAGGCAGAAUCUAUCAUGGUAUUAUGAAGCAUGCAAAAAAUGUGGAAAAAAAAUUAUCCCUGUUCCCAAAACCAAUCAUUCGUAUACCAACCCUGAGGGAAUUUCAGAAACUAUGGUUGUCGAGUGUACAAAUGCACAAUGCAAAAAAUCUGAAUUUCAGUAUAUAAUUCCAAUUAACGUACAAGAUUGUACUGGAACCAUUGGAUUGACUCUUUUUGAUAGGGAAGCAAGGAGGUUGUUAAAUAUAAGUGCCUACGAGUUGAAAAAGAUACAUGAUGCGGCCGGAGACAGUGAUGCCCUAUUUCCAAUGCAACUUAAUGUGUUGAAAAACCGCAAGUUUGGUUUUGUUGUAGAUAUUACAGAAUACAAUGUCAACAACUAUAAUAACAUCUACACAGUUCUCAGAGUUACAGAAGAUAUGUCCAUUAUUUGUGAAUUGGAAAGUAAAAUAGAACUUAUGAGUAAUCAAUCUGUCUCCUUAAAUCAAGUUGCUUUGGAAUCCGAUGAUGUUGUACAGCCUGUUCAAAAGGAUGUGAUCUCACAAACAGACGAAAGUUUUACACCCUCAACAGUUGAUAAGUCAAUCGCAACAAGUCCUUGCAAAAUAUCAGGUGAUUUGAAGCGCAACCUCCAAGAAAUUUAUGAUGUUGAUUCUGGAUAUGAUUUAAGUUCAACUAAGGCUAAAAGAAAGUCAACCGCAGAGGAAACUCCACUCUUGAUUCCAAAAAUUGAAAAGUGA